AUGUCCCAUGCACACUUAGGAAAGCCUGCGGAGUUGCCAAGCACUGAGAAAUUGGAGAGGCACCAAGUUGUGGGUGGCCCCAAUGGUACCGGUCAGUGCAAGAAGUGCCAGCUCUCUUACCCAUCGGCGCUAUGCCCUACUAUGGAGGUUCUCAUUUCAAGACCUUGUAUGGGAUACUCCACAAGUGGAAAAGUUCAGAUCCUGUAUUCCAAGAAUUGGCCUCAAGAACUUCAAAUCCUUGCAAAGAACUUGGAUAUUGAAAACUGGCAAGCCAUGGCACACUCUGGGAGAAAGUUUCGCAUUGGGCCCAAUGCCCGUCUUUCGGAAUCUCCAGAACCCCAUGAGUUUCCGUUACUGUUGGAACCAGUCACUCAUGAACAGCUCUUGGAAGAACUUGAAGAACUUCAACUACAAGAGGAGUUACUUAGAGAACAGUUGCAGCUUGUUGAACUGGAAAAAGCCCUGAAUGACGAGCAACAGAAGUUGGUAGCCGAAGCGAUUCAACAAGCUCCCAAAGGUUGUUUGGAUGCCAUCGACACAGUUCCCUUUCAAGCGACACUGGCUAUGGAUCAACUGGAGGUUCCACAGGAGGUGCCACUCCCUGAGGAGAAGCCCUGCACUUUUGCUGAGAUGUGUGGAGCCCGUUUGCCUGAGACCCUGGCUCUUGGCGCCACCACUUCUGAACUUGGACCUCAGGAGUUGAAAGAUGCAGUAUCCCCGGGGGAUGGUGACCACAUCAACCCAGCACUGUUGCGGAUGAUCAUGGACAUGGGUCAUAGCAAGGAAGAUGCUUUGAAACUAUAUCCAAGCUAUGUGCCUUCCACCCCAGUGACAGAAACCAGUGAGAAAACCACGAUCCCUGGAAACCCACAUGAGGAAGGAACAGGUUCCACCGAAAAGUUUGAGGCUGAAGACGCACAGGAGGCCGCAGAGAAAAGACGAGAAGAUGAAGCUUGCAAGGCAGAAGAAAAGGACGAGUCUGAAGAAGAAGAAGAAGAAGAAGGAGAAGCAAAGGAGAUUGCAAAGAGCAGUCAAGCAGAGCACACCAGCCAACAUGCCAGGACCAAGAAAGCAUCCAGUUGCUCAGAGUCAGAUGACAACCUUCGCUUUAGCGAUGAGGAGUCUGAGAAUGAAACUUCUGAAGUGGAAGAAUCCAAAAAGGGUCGCAAGACCAAGAAAGCCAAGGAUGCAGAUGAGAAGCCGAAAGGACGUAGAAGAAGCCAGAAGGACAAAGAGGAGAAGACAAAGGAGGACGCAGAUGAGGAGAAGCCAAAAAGACGCAGAAGAAGCCAGAAGGACAAGGAGGAGGAAGAUGAUGCACAUGAGAAGCCGAAAGGACGCAAGAGAAGCCAGAAGGAUAAGGAUGAGAAGAAAGAGGAGGAUGCAGAUGAGAAGCCAAAAGGACGCAAGAGAAGCCAGAAGGACAAGGAUGAGAAGAAAGAGGAGGAUGCAGAUGAGAAGCCAAAAGGACGCAAGAGAAGCCAGAAGGACAAGGAGGAGAAGACAAAGGAGGAUGCAGAUGAGAAGCCGAAAGGACGCAAGAGAAGCCAGAAGGACAAGGACGAGAAGACAAAGGAGGGCGCAGAUGAGGAGAAGCCAAAAAGACGCAGAAGAGGCCAGAAGGACAAAGAGGAGAAGCAGGAAGAUGAUGCAGAUGAGAAGGCCAAGAUCAGAAAGAUGAAGAAUGAAUCUCCCAAGACGGAUGAAGAGAAGCCAAAGAAGAGACGAAAGACCCUUCUGGAUCAGGAUCCAGAGAAGGAAGGAGAAAAGGAUGAAGAUGAAGUGAAGCCGAAAAGAAGACAAGCCAAGGAGCCAGCAGACGAAAAGGCAUUGAAAGAGAAGAAGGCAAAGCUCAGCAGGAAAUCAUCGGCCUACCAUGUUGCCAAGAAGCAGGCGUUGAAAGACGGGUUGUCAGAGGAGGAAGCGGUGGAGAAAGCUAAGGCUGUUUCUUGA